UCUUAUUUUUUUCUCACCAUGCAGUUCUCUCCUUCUUUCAACCUGGCUCGACUUUCACGCUGAAAUAGUGUUCUGGAGAGCGAUGAAUCUCCAUCACAACAAACCCGCCAAAAAGAAACGUGAACUCAAUUGGCUCUUCUUUUUCUCUCUCACACUCCGCGCUUCUCUAAUUCUACCCUCUCAAUUCAGACAACCCAUAAACCGACCCCACUCAUCCGGCGUCUUUUGUGUUCAGCCUAUCUCUACUUGCCCUCCAACGCACUCAUUCACACCCGAAUCCCCAACAGGAAAGAAAAGAAGCGAGGAAUAAAAAAAAAAAAAAAAAAAAAAAGAAAAGAAGAAA